CCUCCUUCUCCAGAGGCUUAUAAGACACGAGGGCUUCGCUCAGGAGCAGAAGUCAAGUUGGAGAGCUGAGGAUUUGCUCACCUGCGCACCAAAGAGAAGGGAAUCCGGCACCAUGGGCAGGCAGAAGGAGAUGCUCUCGGCCCUCGGAGGUCGCAUGCGGAUCAGGAAUAAGCUCAUCCGGCAAGCUCUGGCCGAGUGCUUGGGCACACUCAUCCUGGUGUUGUUUGGUUGUGGCUCGGUGGCUCAGAUCGUGCUUAGUCGAGGGAGCCACGGACAGUUUCUGACGGUCAACCUGGCUUUCGGUUUUGCUGUGACGCUGGCCAUUCUCAUCGCCGGACAGGUCUCAGGUGCCCACUUGAAUCCUGCUGUCACUUUUGCCAUGUGCUUUAUGGCCCGGGAGCCUUGGAUCAAGCUGCCAAUUUAUGCCCUGGCACAAACCCUCGGAGCGUUUCUCGGAGCAGGCAUCGUAUAUGGCUUAUACUUUGAUGCCAUAUGGGCUCACGCUGGGGACCAGCUCUUGGUGGCAGGUCCAAAUGGCACGGCGGGCAUCUUCGCGACCUACCCGUCAGAACAUCUGCACUCCGUGAAUGGAUUCUUUGACCAGUUCAUUGGCACCGCAGCUUUGCUUGUGUGUGUCUUGGCCAUUGUGGAUCCCAACAACAACCCGGUCCCUAAAGGUCUGGAGGCCUUCACCAUUGGCUUUGUCAUCUUGGUGAUUGGACUGUCCAUGGGCUUCAACUCCGGAUACGCCGUCAACCCAGCCCGAGACUUUGGGCCUCGUCUCUUCACUGCCAUUGCUGGAUGGGGCUCAGAAGUUUUCACGGUCGGUGGAAAUUGGUGGUGGAUCCCGAUCGUUGCCCCUUUCCUUGGGGCCAUCGCUGGCGUCUUGGUCUACCAACUCAUGAUUGGAUGCCAUGAUGAGCCAGCUCCCGAAUCCACCGAUGAGGAAAACGUCAAGCUCUCCAACAUCAAGCAGAGGGAAGCUGUUUGAAGCUGAUGGAGAAAGCUGCUCCUCCUUUCUCCAACCUCAGUGUGCCUUUGGACAUUUUUUUAAGUAAAAAAAAAAAGACUGCAAAUAACCAAAGAAACGAGAAUGCAGAACAAGACAGACGCACGGCAGGGGUUUCCUCACCUGCUUUUGAGCUAGUAUUCUCUGCCCCUGUUCAGUUAGUUUCCUUUGGGCCAGAAGAGUGGAAACCCUCCAUAAUGCAGUAAAAGUCAACCCACUGCUCUCUGUUGCUGAGCAUCUGGCAACUGCAAUCCUUGCUUUCAUAUAUAUAUAUUUGCUUUAGGAAGUUGCCUAUGCAUUUGCCUGCUCCCAAACAUUAAAUUAAGGUCUUCACUUGGGGUGAAACAUGAGGCACUUGGUUAACUGAAGACUGAGGUCAACACUAAGGCGACAGAGUUGUGCAGUUUGAUACCACUAUAACUGCCAUGACUAUGCUACGAAAUCCUGGGAGUUGUGGUUUGUUAAAGUGGUGUCAAAGUACAUUAAUUCUACAGUGUAGUUUCACCUGUAGACCUAUAUAAGAUGCCAACAAAACGCCAGACUUAGUUUCCCGUUUCUCCUUUUACUGAAUGCUAACAAACCCAUUGCUUUGUCUCUGUUAGUUGUCUUCCUUGUUGACACAAUGUUGCUUCAUUUUUGUAAAUAUUUUGGGGCCAGUGGGUGGGUGGGAUGGGGUUCAGGUCAGGAAUCAUAUGAUGCAGUUGCUGCCUAAGAACAACCUUUACAGAACAAUCUGAGGCUUCCCAGGGCUGGAUUCAUCCCAGUCACAUUUUGAACACAAGGCAAGAGUUUAUGAACCAUCUCAUCAGUCUUUUCCCCAGACACCUAAGCAAACAAAGUAAGACUGACCUCAAGAUGAGAUCUAUGCAUGACAAUUCACCACUGGCUAUUUAAAGAAAGAGUGGCUGAAAGCACUGAUUUGCAAUGUAAGACCUUUUCCAAGCUUUGUAAAACUGCCUUGUUAUGUCCUAUCACAACUAUGGCAUUUGACUUUUGAUAAAUCUGUGUGCACGUGUCAACUUAGGGCUUUGCUCCAAGCGGCUUCUUCUUCUCCUCCUUCUACAUAUGCCCUGGGUGGUUUCUUUCCAGCCUGAGCAAAGCAGGCUUGAAAUGGACAGGCUUAAAAGCAUUCCAUCUUUGGUUGGAUGGCCGCCCAGGGCUUUUGUUGCAACAAACAGGCAUUCCAGCGAUUCGUUGUGCAACACAUACAACUACAAUUUGUCUACCUACCUGCAAUUAGGAUCCAUCCCCUGCGGUUCUCAACAUCUCACGAUGCAUCAGGGCAAAGGGGACCUCCUAGUCUUCCAGGUCCUUCAAAGAACCACCAAAGUAGAGUUGCACUGCUUAUUUGAGUGGUAAAUAUUUAGGCUUUCAUUCAUUGGCAGCCAGUGGUUUUCAUAUUAAUGGGGCCAUAAGUCUCUAUUAAGGCUAGAAUUCAGUAUGGGAUUUAUGCCUACGUAACUGGAGUUGUGCCUGCAGAAAAUAGAACUGACUAGUUUUGCAACAUCCAUCUUCCUAAUGAGAAGGGGAGCCAGCAAAGAGACCAUUGCACAUUGGGCAAUGCACAUCAGGUGCAGAUGAGCAUUGAUUGAUGCACAUCGAAACACCAGAUAGAGAACGUUUGGUAGAAUCCAAUGUGCAUUGAGAUACUCUUUCCAAUGCCUGCUAUGUAUUUUUUUGCAAUUCAGGUUGCUAUGUUUCUAAGUAUAUGUAAAGUCAUGCAAUGUUGACAUGUUGGCUGGCAUUUCAGAAGGACAUAUCUUGGUUUAUAGGGCUUCCAAAGCCCAGGCAUGUAUAAGACUUCCAGAGCCCAUGCAACUUCUUAAGAAAACUUAGAAAUUAACAUUUUCUGGAUUACAACUCACAUAAUUCCCCAAGCUUUCCCAGUAUCUCUAUAUUAUGUACAUUGAAAGAUGUCUUAUGAUGGGUCUCCAUGGCCUCCAGCAGCAAAAAGUUUUCUCCAGUUUCUUAUAAUGGAAAUGCUAUUACUGAUGCCCAAAUGUGCCAUCUUUUUAGGCCACCUGGUCUCCUUGAGUUGUAUGUUGUGGAGCCCAAUAACACAAACCAGAUUGUGCUUUAGUUUGAUUUCAGAGAGUCGUCCCAUACACAGACACAGCAUGUACUCAAUCUCUAUAAUUCAUAACUGAAAUAAUGAAAAGGCAAAUAAUUGAAAAUCUGCAUGUAUUUAUAUGAAUGAAAAACUCCUUUGCUGGGAACAUUUUGUCUUGUAAGAAAGAUCUUAAUGUAUUUUUUUAAAAAAAAGCUGGUGCUUUUUUACAAUCUAGUUCCUGCACAAUUUGUAAAGUCUAUACCAUUUGUAAUGUAUUUCCUUUUUUAAAAAAGAAAAUAAAUACGUAUCUAUGUUGUAUAA